AUAAAAAGACCAUAUAUAUAUAUAUAUAUUAAUACAUACCACCACCAAAGCAUACAAAAACCCGAACAAACUGCAAACAGAGAACAAAGCUAAGCCCCACACACAACACAACUAUUCAAGGUUCAACAACAAAUAAAGAAGAAGACGAUUCAAAUCUAUGGUUUUAAUUCUUUCAUGGCUGUCCAAGCACAAUACCCAUCAAAUGUUCUUCUUCAACUAAACAGAAAUGGAAACGUUAACGCACAGCCGGGGAUAAACCCACUUGGAAACGAAUGCUCAUCGCAGCAACCACAUCAAGGUGGAGGUGGAAUUCGUGAUCAAUCCGAUAUGAUAUUCGAUAACAGAGUAGAGACAAAUCCACGGAAGAGAGGAAGAGAAAUCUUCCAAACGGGCUUUGGCCAAACUCAAUUCAUCGACAGACCAAAUGUUUCCACCGGACUCCGACUUGGUGAACAACAACUAUUGCAGCAACAACAACAACAACAACAUUCUCGUUCUUCAACUCUAUCAAAUGACAUAACAGCACAAAUUCGACAGCAUAACCAAGAAAUUGACAAUUUUCUCCAAGCCCAGAGGGAGCAACUGAGAAGGGCUAUAGAGGAAAAGAAUCGGAGAUACAAUAUGUAUCUAUUAGCAGCUGCCGAGGAGGCGGUUGCGAAGAGACUAAGAGAAAAGGAAGUGGAAUCUGAGAAGGCGAUUAGGCGAAACGCAGAAUUGGAGGCGACUGCGGUUCGUCUGAUAGCUGAAGUGCAUACAUGGCAGGCAAGAGCUAGGGCUCAAGAAGCAGCAGCGGCGUCUCUGCAAGUUCAGCUUGAGCAGGCCAUGAUGGUCACCAGAGGGGAGGAGAGCGGCGGACCAGCGGCGGAGGACGCCGAAUCUUGCUACGUCGAUCCGGAUCGAGUGUUGGUUUCGCCGGCGACGGCGGCGGCGGCGGCGGCGAGUGAGCCGAGAUGCAGGGCAUGUGGUGAAAGAGGGGCGUCGGUGGUUAAUUUGCCUUGUCGACAUUUAUGUCUUUGUAGAGAAUGUGACUCGGCGGUUCAGUCAUGUCCGGUUUGUUUCUCUUUUCGAAAAUCAAGCGUUGAAGUUUUCUUCUGUUAGAGAGAGCCCCAGGCCCAAUUCUGUCUUAAUGGGCUUUCUUUCCGUUGCGUACCGUUGGUAUUGAUAGAUAGUGUAGAUUGAAAAAAAAAAAGAAGAAUAAAUUUUACUCAAUUGAACAGGUUGUUUUAUGCUAUAUUUUGUUUUACUUUUAUAUGAUUACAAGUUCUUUUAUUUAUUUACCUAUAAUUUCAAAAUAA